UUUAUAAACAACAGAAUGAUCCAAAAUAUGAGUAAAUUAACAUGUUGAAGUCAUUCCAUGAUAGUGUAGUGACUUAUUUAAAACUCUGGUCACUUUAAGCAGAUCAUUUUAUUAUUUACUUUUCAAUAUAACAUUUUUGAUAGAAUAAAAAUCUUGAAGCACAAAGAGAACUGCUUAAAAAAGAACGAAUAGUAAAAGAUUUGAAAUAGGUACGUGGUGAAGUUGAAGCGAUAAUGGGAGAGAUCAGUUGUACGUCAGCAUCUGUUGAGAAAUUGAAACAAGAAUUACGCAUAAAAGAUGAAGAAAAUCGUGCAACAAAAGUUUCUUUAGAGCAAGCUAAUCGUCAUUUACAAAUAACUGAAGGCAAAUUAAAAGAUUGUCAAGCAAAACUUGAUCAACCGAUUGAAGUGAAUGAAUCUAUCACGGAUAAAAUACACUUAAUACCAACUGAAGUGAAGGUACAAUUUUAGAUUUUCAUAUUUUGUUUCAUAGUAAAGUCCUUAUAUUGAUUUAUAGCAUAUUUGAAUAUAUUCCCAGCUUUUAAAACAAUUGAUUGAGACAAGAAAAAAUUAGUGUUAACCAUUGACUUGUAGUGACUCACAUUUAUCACGAGAACACGACUGGUUUAAUAAAAACAAUUAUUAUUAUAACCAACUGUACCAGUGUUUGUUUUAACGUGCUUUUGUUUGACUGUGCUAAUGACAUCUAUUUUGUGCUUCCAUUCUGAUACUCACACUUUGAUUGUAACUUCGCGCGAAUUCGGUUACGUUCUGUAACCAAGCUUGUAUUCUGGCACGAUCUCGGUAUCCUUUCGAUGCCACGAGAUCGCCAGCGAAUACAUCUCGAUUUGGUCCAUUAAUUGCCUUCUGGUAUUUGGCUUCUCUGGGAUUUUAUGGAUUUAUUUGGUUACGUCCAACCUUCGCCUUCUGAUUU